CCUGUCUGUCAGUAGGUCAGCAGCACCUCUUUAUCUCUGCCAGAACUUUACUUUCAUCACUAACUAACAUCCAUCAUGAGGGAAAUCGUGCACAUCCAGGCCGGCCAGUGCGGGAACCAGAUUGGUGCAAAGUUCUGGGAGGUGAUCAGCGAUGAGCACGGCAUCGACCCAACAGGAACCUACCAUGGAGACAGCGACUUGCAGCUGGACAGGAUCAGUGUGUAUUACAACGAGGCCACUGGUGGGAAGUAUGUGCCCAGAGCCAUCCUUGUUGACCUGGAACCAGGCACCAUGGACUCAGUCCGCUCUGGACCUUUUGGACAAAUCUUCAGACCUGACAACUUUGUAUUUGGUCAGAGUGGAGCAGGAAACAACUGGGCCAAAGGUCACUACACGGAGGGGGCAGAGCUGGUGGAUUCAGUCCUGGAUGUGGUGAGAAAAGAAGCAGAGAGUUGCGAGUGUCUGCAGGGUUUCCAGCUCACACACUCCCUGGGGGGAGGCACCGGCUCUGGCAUGGGCACCCUGCUCAUCAGCAAGAUCAGGGAGGAGUACCCUGACCGCAUCAUGAAUACCUUCAGUGUGGUGCCCUCUCCGAAGGUAUCGGACACAGUGGUUGAGCCGUACAAUGCCACGCUGUCGGUCCACCAGCUGGUAGAAAACACAGAUGAGACCUACUGCAUUGACAACGAAGCCCUUUAUGACAUUUGCUUCCGCACUCUCAAACUCACUACGCCCACCUAUGGCGACCUCAACCACCUUGUCUCUGCCACCAUGAGCGGCGUGACCACUUGCCUGCGUUUCCCAGGCCAGCUUAACGCAGAUCUGAGGAAACUGGCUGUCAACAUGGUGCCCUUCCCCCGUCUCCACUUCUUCAUGCCUGGCUUCGCCCCUCUGACCAGCAGGGGUAGUCAGCAGUACCGCGCCCUGACGGUGCCCGAGCUCACUCAGCAGGUGUUUGACGCCAAAAACAUGAUGGCCGCUUGCGACCCUCGCCACGGACGCUACCUGACAGUGGCUGCCGUGUUCCGUGGCCGCAUGUCAAUGAAGGAAGUGGAUGAGCAGAUGCUGAACGUCCAAAACAAGAACAGCAGCUACUUUGUGGAGUGGAUCCCCAACAAUGUAAAGACAGCCGUCUGCGACAUCCCUCCACGUGGCCUCAAAAUGGCCGUCACCUUUAUCGGCAACAGCACAGCCAUCCAGGAGCUGUUCAAACGCAUCUCUGAGCAGUUCACCGCCAUGUUCCGCCGCAAGGCUUUCCUCCACUGGUACACCGGCGAGGGCAUGGACGAGAUGGAGUUCACCGAGGCGGAGAGCAACAUGAACGACCUGGUCUCCGAGUACCAGCAGUACCAGGACGCCACGGCCGAGGAGGAGGGAGAGUUUGAAGAAGAUGUGGAAGAGGAUGCCUAAAACAAUUCAGAAAAAAUAGAAAACCUUGAAAGGAAAUAAUUUAGCAGAACGGAUCCCGCUGGUUAGAGAAGCACUUUAACCCUUUAAUGGAGGGAUGGACACGAUGUGAAGAAAUAGGAAUAAAAGAUUAAUUUGACGCCAUGUUGGCUGGUUUUUACCAGACCUACCCAAAAUAUAUAUUUUUUUAAGCUAAGAUCUUGCCUUGUAGCUCAAAUCAGAAGAACUUCUUCCACUUCACUUUCAUUGCAAAGGAUUUUAUUUUACUGUUAAAAAUAACUUAACUUAACUUACCUCUAGAAAAAAAAAAAAAGAAAUUCAACAAAGUAAUCAUGGCGGCUUUAUACUGUAAAGUUAAUACCGCUUGAACAAAUAUGUUAAAUCCUUAAAUUACUGAUUUAAAAUGCAAUAUUACACGUACACUCACACAUGCAAACAAGCUUAUACAUUUUGCCAAAUAUUAACAUGACAUUAUUUCUCGCGUGGGAAACAGUAUUUUGCACUCAUUGGAAAAAUGAAAUCUUUGUGCUUCGUCACUGAUUUGUAUUGCAAAGUAAGCAGUUAUAAAAAUCCAACUUUUGAUUAUUUCUUCCCAACGAUUAUCAGUGUUUAUUGAUUUUAUGAGUGUUCGUUACUUUUGUAAUUAUUUAUCAGCUUCAAAGAUCCAAUCUCGGAGAUAAUUCUGAUGUGUUGGUAGUAGGUGGGACUGUCCGUAUGGUUCCUCACUGAGGCCUGUACUGGAGGUGAAUUGAUCAGAAAUACAUUUGGACUGCCUUUGUCACAUCCUUUUUAAGACUGUGGGUGUGAUAAGAGAAAACCUUCUGGUGGGAUUCAGUCUCCUGCUGGCAGAAUCAUUUAAUUCCUGAGAUCAGGGUUUUUAUAAGUCAACAUCUUCUUUCCAUUGCUGUUAAACACAAAGAAAGAGGGCUCGUCUUUCACACCGUAGUAACGUUAACUUUCAUGGAGAAGCUGGAGGCAAAUUCACAUAAUCAUUGUUUUCUCGUGUGAAUUGUACAUUUUAUUUUAUUCACAAAGCCCAAAAAUAAGUGUCAUAGGUAUAAUAAAGACAUGACAUGUUUAAAAUAAAAUGUGUUCCUGAGCCUGCAGGCAAGUCAACAUAACAAUAAUUUCAUAUUCUGCAAAACAGAACAAAGGUCUGUUUCAUUGACAAACAAAUUGACUUAAACAUUUGUACAGUUUUAAUGCAACAGCAGCAGUAGCAGGAUUAUUCUCAGACGCCAGCCAACGUCAUGCGGAGGACCUCACACUGCGGAUGCUCUGAAGCCCGGUCAGGUCAUGGAAAGCAUAUUAAACUUUGCCUGAUCUGGUUUCCUUCCAUUCAACGAUAUGUUGGACUCAAACAGGCCUGAGCUCAUCUUAGAAACAUCUUUGCUGUUGUUGGAUUAGAACCACGUAUCAUCCAAGUAUUAGACCGUGACUGUGACCUCCAUGUUUCUAAGAAUAAGGAAAGCUGAAAAGGAUAUCAUAAGUUAUAUCACCUGCAUCUAAGUCAAUACAAAAUACAACUAAUACAAAUAAUGCAAAACCUCAGCUUUAAAAAGGGAUAAACUGACUGCCAGGAACUCGCAGCGAUAUGUAUUUUAUUUAGCAGACAUGCGUUCAAAGAAUUCACAUUUUAUUUGAUCUCAUCACAGUUUCUGUGUAUCUCUCUAAGCCCCCAAAUAUGCUCAGCUCAACAGCUCACCUUCUGGAGCCUGGGUAUAUUUGACAUCACACUAAGUCAUUUUAACAUAUUAAUUAUUAAGGCUUCUGGAAACGCAUUUCAAAAUAAAAUGCUCGGUUCUUUCAUUCUUCUUAUUUCUUUGAAAAGACACCCAUUUGCAGAAUUGGACUGAAGAAUUGCAUAAUUGAACUUUCUGAUAAAUGUUUACGCUCUGAGCCACUACGACAGUUUGCAUUCAAAGCAAACAGAAGUUGUUUGUGUUCAGUAUGUGAUCAUCAACCAUGUUGUCUUUAUGUCUGUGUGUGCUACAUUGUUUGUUAGUACCUUUUUUAUUUACUGUGGAACAGUUUGACUUGGGAACCCAGUGUGUGUGAAAUAAAAAGGCAUUUGUAACAGAAACAAAG